CUCACACCACUCAUCUUAGCAUCAGUGAAACCCCACUGGGGUGCUGCUGGGUGGGAUCCAGCUGCAGCCCCCAUUCUCUGCCCUUCAGAUGAUGCCAUGGAGGGGGGGGCCCAGCAGAGCUGCGUCCGGGACCCCCCCGGGGUGGGCAGCGUGGAGCAGGAGGGGGACGUGGGCGAGGGGCCGCCUGCCACCGACCUGCGCCGCUCGCAGCCCCUCUUCAUCCACAGCACCAGCCGGCCGCUGUCAGAGGAGGAGCCGCGUGCCUCAUCACUGCCCAACAUCCCCAACCCCUUCCCUGAGCUCUGCAGCCCUUCCAACUCACCAAUCCUCAGCAGCCCCCCCGGCGGGCAGGGACCCCGUGAAGGCGCCUGCCACCUGGUGAAGGUGUUCAGUGAGGAUGGGUCGUGCCGCUCACUGGAGGUGUCAGCAGGCACAACAGCACGGCAGCUCUGCGAGAUGCUGGUGCAGAGGACGCAUGCUCUGCACGACCACAGCUGGGCCCUGGUGGAGCUGCACCAGUACCUGGCACUGGAGCGCUGUCUGGAGGACCACGAGUCGGUGGUGGAGGUGCAGAGCAUGUGGCCCCUGGGUGCUGACAGCCGCUUUGUCUUCCGCAAGAACUUCGCCAAGUAUGAGCUCUUCAAGAGCAACACGCAGUCCCUCUUCCCCGAGGUGAUGGUGUCCAGUUGUCUGGAGGCAAAUAAGAGCAUGGCGCACUCGGAGCUCAUCCAGAACUUCCUGAACUCUGGGAGCUGCCCCGAGGUGCAGGGCUUCCUGCAGCUGCGCGAGGCCAGUCGCAAGGUCUGGAAGCGUUUCUACUUCUCCCUGCGCCGCUCGGGGCUCUACUACUCCACUAAGGGCACGUCCAAGGACCCCCGGCACCUGCAGUACUUCGCCGACCUCACCGAGUCCAACAUCUACUACGUGACACAGGGCAAGAAGCACUAUGGGACACCCACCGAGUUUGGGUUCUGCAUCAAGCCCUACAAGGUGCGCAGUGGGGUGAAGGGCCUGAAGCUGCUCUGCAGUGAGGAUGAGCAGAGUCGGACCUGUUGGAUAGCAGCAUUCCGCCUCUUCAAGUAUGGCAUGCAGCUCUACCGCAACUACCAGCAAGCACAGGCGCGCCUGAGCCAGCACCCCUGGAUCACCCCCACGCCACUGCAGAGUGUGUCAGACAGCGCGCUGGUGGCCAUGGAUUUCUCAGGGUGCACAGGGCGGGUGAUUGAGAACCCCAGCGAGGUGCUGACAGCAGUGCUGGAGGAGGCGCAGGCCUGGAGGAAGAAGACGACACACCGGUACAGCCUGCCUGCUGCCUGCCAGAGCUCCCCGCUCAGUGCUGCCAUCCACCGCACCCAGCCAUGGUUCCACGGGCGCAUCUCGCGGGAGGACACCCAGCAGCUCAUCGGCCGUCAGGGGCUGGUGGAUGGCGUGUUCCUGGUGCGGGAGAGCCAGCGCAACCCCAAGGGCUUCGUGCUGUCCCUGUGCCACCUGCAGAAAGUCAAGCACUAUCUCAUCCUGCCAAGCGAGGAGGAGGGGCGGCUCUACUUCACCAUGGACGACGGACAGACCCGCUUUGCUGACCUCAUCCAGCUCGUGGAGUUCCACCAGAUCAACCGUGGCAUCCUGCCCUGCAAGCUGCGGCACUACUGCACCUGCGUGGCCCUAUGA